GUGCAGCGUAGUGCAAGAUGUGCCUCUGGAUUUGAGCUGUCGCAGUUCGGGGAGGAAAACGAGUUCGUUGAAUUCCUCGAAGUUUCAGAGAUACUUGCCUUGUCAGACGUGCGGGAAAAAUUUCGACAGACCUUCGUUGCUCAAAAGGCAUUUACGUACACACACAGGUGAAAAGCCACAUGGUUGCGCCGUGUGUGGAAAGAUGUUCAGUACAAGCAGCUCCUUGAACACACACGUGAGAAUACACACUGGGGAACGACCGCACGAGUGUCCAGUUUGUGGAAAGCGUUUCACCGCUUCGUCAAAUUUGUAUUAUCAUCGAAUGACCCAUUACAAGGUGUCGAUAAUUUCUUUAACAUUUUACUUUCUCGUCGUAAAUCCGUAUCGCAGGCUCGAAAAGCCGCACAAAUGCAACGAAUGCGGUCGUUCCUUCCCGACACCUGGUGAUUUGAGGGCCCAUGGUUAUUCUCACAGUGGCAAUUGGCCGAUGCGAUGUCCGGUUUGCAAUCGCGGAUUCUGCAAACCUGGGGCUCUGCAUCAUCACAUGCAAGUGCACACUGGAAAUCGGGGGUAUCGUUGCAACGUGUGCAAAAAACAGUUCGCUAUGAUGAGUAACUUACGAGUGCACGAGCGAUCUCACGAUCUCCAUGUGUCGAUACGAAAUAUCGCUGACACUUCGAACAUGGAGAACAAGACACUGACAAAUCCAUUUACAUUUGACGAAGUGGGUAGAAAUCAUUUGCAACUUUCCGGAAUCUAUUCCUGGACCUCUUGGAUACCUGUGCAUUAUCCCAAG